GAGUGACAACAGGUGACAGGCUGGCGGCUCACACUGUUGUGUCACAGAGGAGUUCCAGGAUAACGGCAGAAAGACAUCUUAUCAGUUAUUGGAGAACACCCAGGACAGAAAGGACAUACAAUACCUUCUUUUAUUAUUUUAAAUAUUGAUCAGGGUUAGCAAUACCUGUGCUUCAAUACAGAAUGUCCUGCGUUAAUGGGGAAACUGGUGGGCACUCGAUGUAUAACCUCUGUGGUCAGGGUCAAAGCUCCAGCUCCCAGUUAGGUCGUCUGAAUGGUCAUAGGAAGUCUUCAGGAUUGUUGGAAGUGACAGGGAACUUAAACAAUAAGCAAUAUUCUUCAGUGGCUCUAGCUCCAGAUACCAUGGUGAAUAAUGGAUCAGGAAUUCCCCCUAACUCUGAGCAAGACACAAAGGAUUCAGCAUUCCAGCUCAGCAACCAACCUAUGACAGGAAGUGAAAUCCGUAGGACCUACACUACCAAGUGCUUCUAUGGCCCUUAUUUAACCAAAACUAGCAUGCAGGGAGAUGUCUACAACUUCCUGGAGAGGCCUAGUGGAUGGAAGUGUUUUAUUUACCAUUUUACUGUAUUUCUACUGGUGCUGAUUUGUUUAAUUUUCAGUGUACUCUCUACUAUAGAACAUUAUUCAGAAUUCGCCACGGGGACCCUUUUCUGGAUGGAAAUUGUUCUGGUGGUGUUUUUUGGUGCUGAAUAUUUGGUGCGGCUAUGGUCUGCUGGUUGCAGAAGUAAAUAUGUUGGCUUUAAGGGAAGACUACGUUUUGCCAGAAAGCCUAUAUCAAUUAUUGAUCUUAUUGUUGUGAUAGCCUCAAUUAUUGUUCUGAGUGUAGGAUCAAAUGGGCAGGUGUUUGCCACAUCUGCCAUAAGGGGAAUCCGGUUUCUCCAGAUACUUCGCAUGCUUCAUGUAGAUCGGCAGGGUGGCACUUGGAGACUCUUAGGAUCAGUUGUUUUCAUACAUCGUCAGGAACUCAUAACCACUCUGUACAUUGGAUUCUUGGGACUGAUCUUCUCAUCCUAUUUUGUCUAUCUUGCUGAGAAGGAUGCAGUGGAUGAAGAUGGAAGAACAGGUUUCUCCAGCUAUGCUGAUGCCCUGUGGUGGGGUGUGGUAACGGUCACAACAAUUGGUUAUGGAGACAAAGUACCACAGACAUGGAUUGGGAAGACAAUAGCCUCCUGUUUCUCAGUAUUUGCUAUAUCUUUCUUUGCUCUUCCAGCGGGGAUUCUGGGUUCUGGUUUUGCCUUGAAGGUACAACAGAAACAACGUCAGAAGCAUUUUAACAGGCAGAUCCCAGCUGCAGCGUCUCUAAUUCAGACUCUAUGGCGGUGCUAUGCAGCAGAGAAAUCAUACAGUUCUACAGCAACAUGGAAGAUCUAUGUUACAUCGCCUGCUCAAAAUACAAAAAAAACACCAGCGCCAUCUAGCCCUAGUCUGAGAAAACAGGUUAAAAGGAACUUACCAUACUUAUUUUCUUCUUGGUUUUAA